AUGAAUGGUAUAAAACAAGUGGCGUUUAAUCUGACCAUUCUUAGCAGUGUGGGUUUAGGAGGCUGGUAUUUGGGCAAGCUUUCCGAACAAAAACGAUAUUCGAACGAAAAAGACAAUGAAACGAGCAUUUUAUCGAGGAUACCAAUUCGAAGUAUGCCAGGAUUGCCCUUGUUUGGUACUAUUUCGGCGGCCACUUCUUUGACGUCCGCUGAAAGUAACCGUGAGAUGGGUUCCAAAGUGUCUUCCAUCGCUACGAGAGUGUCGCAAAUUAUGAAAUUUGGUUUUCCCGGGUUGGACCAUAUCAGAUCAUACGAAGAUUUCGUAUUAUCAUACGACAGGAGAAAUAAAGUCGCUCACUGGGUGUUUGAACACUUGACUAAAGAAAGAUUACAGUGUAAAAAUGAAGUGGAUCGUUCAAAAUGCGAGUUCAAGCCUGAUCAGAGUAUACAUCCUUUCUUCAGAUCAGAUAAUACAGAUUACAAGGGAAGUGGCUAUGAUCGUGGUCACUUGGCUGCAGCUGGAAAUCAUAAAAUGGAACAAAAUCAUAUGGAGCAAACCUUUUUUCUCUCCAAUAUGGCACCGCAAGUCGGUGUGGGUUUCAACAGAGAUUCCUGGAACAGAUUGGAGAAACAUGUUCGAAAAUUGACAAAUGUCUAUAAAGAUGUUUAUGUGUGCACAGGGCCAUUAUAUCUUCCCAAGAAAGAGCCAGAUGGAAAAAAGUAUGUGCGUUACGAAGUGAUAGGCGUGAAUCAUGUGGCAGUACCUACUCAUUUUUACAAAGUGAUUGUUGGCGAGACAAAUGAUGGCAAAUUGGAUAUGGAGGCUUUUGUGAUGCCAAAUGCGCCAAUUGAUGAUAAUGCACCACUCACUAAUUUUCAGGUGCCACCAGAAAAUAUUGAACGCGCUGCUGGACUUUUAUUUUUUGACAAAAUAUCGCGCAACAAAUUAAGCAAGGUAAAUGGCAAAAGGAUAGGCUUGCUUUAACGACUGCUCUUAAAUAAUAACGAGUCUCAAUUUUGAAUUACAAUUGUACAAAUAUUCUUAAUUUCUAAAUCAUCAAGCAUAUAAAUUUAGUUAGAAAUUCUAAAACUAUUAUUAUUAUACAUAAUUUUUAGGGGU